UCGUGGCCUCUAGCCCGUAGUGUGAACACGCGUAUUUAGCCUCGAAUACAUUGUUUAUCGUGUUAAAAACAAAUAAACAUUUGUUUAAAUUAAUAGUGUUUUGUGGACAGAAACGAAGCGAGAGCUCUCUACCGGUUCAUAAAUCGAUCUGCGCUGCAUUUGAAUCGUUCCGUAAAAGUUGAUGAUGACAUGCAGCCUCAAGAAACUUAGAUAAAUACAUAUACUUAUUAAACAAUAUAGCGUAAUUCACAAACUGACAAUAAAACGCCAAAAUAGAGUAUCAAACUAAUAUUAUUUUCAUAUAAAAUAUAUAAAUAUUCUUUUGGCAAAUCGUGAAAAUAACGGAAAUAGCUUAUCUGAAAAAAUAUUUGUCACUGAUAAUAAAAUAUCUAAAUUAAAAAAAUGAGCUUCGAUUCAACGUCGUCCAAUAAAAAAUUGAAUUUUGAACGGGCUACAAAUUUUAUGCGACAGUUUAGGGACCCUGACUCCAGGGAGUUGAAGAAACUUUCAGCCAAUCAGUUCAUGGAAGUGUGGAGCCAUUAUGACAAAGAUGGUAACGGCUACAUCGAGGGCACGGAGCUGGACGGCUUCCUCAAGGAGUUCGUGUCCAGCGCCAACUUCACGGACAUCAGUCCUGAUGCAGUGUCAGACUCGAUGUUGGUGGAACUGAAGGCGUGUUUCAUGGAGGCCUACGACGACAACCAGGACGGCAAGAUCGACAUUCGAGAGCUUGCUCAACUGCUGCCCAUGGAGGAGAACUUCCUUCUUCUGUUCCGGUUCGACAACCCCCUGGAGUCCAGCGUUGAAUUCAUGAAAAUUUGGCGCGAAUAUGAUACCGACGGCAGCGGUUACAUAGAAGCAGAUGAGUUAAAAAAUUUUCUUCGCGACCUAUUGAAAGAAGCGAAGAAAAUCAACGAUGUUUCUGAAGACAAGCUCAUAGAGUAUACGGACACCAUGCUUCAAGUAUUCGACUCAAACAAAGAUGGCCGACUACAGCUUUCAGAGAUGGCAAAGUUGCUGCCCGUCAAGGAGAAUUUCCUUUGCCGACAAGUGUUUAAGGGCGCUACGAAAUUAACUAAAGAUGACAUUGAAAGGGUGUUCUCACUUUACGACAGGGAUAAUAAUGGCUCAAUCGAAAAUGAAGAACUACGAGGUUUCCUCAAAGACUUAUUAGAGUUGGUAAAAAAGGAUUACGACGCCCAAGAUCUUCUAGAAUUCGAAGAGACGAUCCUCCAAGGCGUGGAGUACAGCAGCGACGGUAAGAUCAGCCGGAAGCAGCUGACCAUGAUCCUGCUGGCCCUCGCCAAACACCACCAAGAAGAGGAGCCAUCGACCCCAUAAGAUUUCCCACGCUCACUCGCCACUCCGUCCCGUUCCGAACGAAUUUGUAGUGCGAUUUCGAUUAUAUUUAUAUUCGAUUUAUUUUCCAUAUUAGACGCCUUUCGGCCAGCGCUGAAUCGAACAGAUAUUUGCGAUGCUCCACGCUGAGCUCACGUACCAUAUGAAUUCAGCGAACAUGUCUCUUUCCGUUGUAGGAGUUUCGCUAUCUGGUAAAAAGAGAUAAAAACAUUCGUUGGCUCGGUGUGGACAUAGUAAAAAAAGUCGCGCUCGGUUAGCCAGCGAAUUUUAAAUUUAAAAAGUUACGAAGUGCUGGGGAAUGUACAAGCAUUUUUAAAAAAGAAAAAUCAAAUUUUCAUGAAUUUUAUAAGUAGUUCGUUGGAGUACCUACUAAUUCCAUGCAAAUUAUAUCUUCAUAAAGCCAAAUCGAAUGCCAAAUAUUUAAACAUAGCUAGCGUUUGAACGCGUAUCUACAUUGUAUUUUCAUACAUCAUUUAAAUAAUAUUAAAGAAUUGAACAUUAUGAUGGAUAUCACUAAAAAGUAGCUAGUUUUCAUAUACAUAUCAUUCCAUCACACAAGUUUUACGAGUACAAUAGAUACAGUAGUUAAUGAACAAAUCGUCGAAUUUAUAUAAUCAUAGAAUUUUCUAAAGGACUUGUCUAUUUUUCAUGGUUUCCCAUAAAACAAACUCUUCUUCCUAUCUGUUUCUACUCUUUUUUUAAUAUCUUACCUCUAUUCUUCUUCUAAAUAGCAUAUUUUAACAAUAUUAAUGAAUUCUCAUUCAAAUUUUUAAACCUCGAUCGGAGUAACACCAAAUAACAUUAGUUAAUUACAAUUACUUAUUUCACAUAGGUACUUCUUACCAUAAUAAUCUAUUUUCAAGUUCCUAACUUCAAGUUACCUAACUAGAAUUACGUCUUUGCUUACCGUUUGAAAAAAUUAAACCGGAAAUGAAUGAAUAUUAGAUGACAAGAAAUCGUUAUCUGUUUUGUUUGCAUUUUUUUUCAUUCCUAAUAAAUUUUAAUGACAGUCGAUACAUCCCUGGGAUUUAUUAAAAUCGAUCACGAAAUGUAUGUCUACGUAUCUUAAGCUUUAUUCAUAAUAAAUGUCGGCUUAGCCUCUAUUGGUGUGUAGAUUACUUAAAUAAUAAUCGCACAACGAUCAUUAUCGCCCCAUUUGGAUUAUGUCCACCGCAAAAUGUGUUUACGCAAAAUUCGUUUUCGACGUUUAACAGCCAUACACAAUUUGUAUUAAUUACUUAACCAAAACAAAAAUAAGUUUUUAAUUUCAUGUUUCUUAAUCGAAAGUCUAUUUUUGCCUACGUUCUUAUCGUUCUUUUCAAAUUUUAAAUUUCGCAUCAUAUAUCUAUAUACAGUUCGACACAGAUGUACCCAUUAAAUUUUUUAUUAUGUGUAAACACCUAUAUACCAAAAUUAUAUAUAUAUUCCUAGGUGAAAAUAUUUUUAAAAGGAUGAAAAGACAUUGUUAUUUUUGCAAUACUUCUCUCUUGUACUUAAAUCGUAAUUAUUUAGAUACUUAUCGAAGAAGACCCAGGCCCUUUUAUCAAGUAUUUUUGUCACUACCGCACUUUCCAAAAUUUGGUAUUGUCAGAACAAGACAAAACAUAAUUUAGCUUAAAGUAUGCUUUAUCUUUUUUUAUGAAUAACAGGGCAAGUCUUUUUGGUGAUAUUAUAAUUUAAUUAAAUAUUUAUAUACUAACCUGAUAACAAAGAUUGUGUAUUGAUGUUGAAUUAUGUGUAAAUUAAUUUUAAUUUAUCAAUCGUUGAUAUAUUUAUGUUAGGCAUAAGUAUAUAAAUAAAUAACAUUUGUUGUGUGUGAAUAUUUUUAUAUAAAAAAUUAUAAGUACCUACUAUUUGUUGAAUGUUUAAAAAUAAGUUUUAAUUGUUUUAAGAUUUAGCUUUUAUUGUUUUAUUAUUAAAACAUUAUAAGUUAAAGCUAUGUUAUCAAAUAAGUCUUAUAGAAAUAAUAACUUACCUAUUACCUAAGCCUUUCAGAGUUGUAAUUAGGGUUGCCAACCCUAUUAAUAUCAUAUACUACUAUUUUGGUGUCUGCUAUUAUUUAUAGAUUAAUAUAUGUAGGUAGUAAGGGAAAUACAUAGUAAGCGUUCCUUAGCCUAUAACCAAGAAAAAAUACGUAUUAAUUUAUGAAACAAUGUAUGGUAUUUUAAUAUAUAUGUAUAUACCUACUAAAUAUAUUAAAUUAAUUUUCUAUCUAUUGUAUUUUAAUAACCGCUGGAACCAAAAAACUGUCUAUUAAAAGUUGGCAACCCUUGUUGUAAUAAUCGACAGCUAACAUAUGGUUAUAUAGGGUAAAUAUCCCAGUAAUAGCACAUAGGUACCUUGAUCCUGGCCACUUUAAUGUUUAGAGUUGUGAAAAAAAAUUCAAAAAUAACUCUGAAAGGCUAUUAGUUACCGGACUAAAAUUAAUGUUGGAUGUUUUUGGUUAAAUACGAGUAGGUAUUAUAUGUUGUACAUCAGUAGAUCGCAAAGUAUGGUCUAAAAGUCGGUGUUGUGAUGAAAUGAAUUAGCUUUAAAUCAUACCUACAGAUAAAUCCAAAGCACAAAAUAUAGAAAUAAAGAAUUAAUAUGUAGGUAUAUAAUAAUAAUUUUAAAUUCUUUCGUAAUGCUGUAAUUAGAGACUUCAUUAAAUGGUAUUCCAAUUCCUUUUUCUAUAUUUAACAUUUCUAUUUUACCUAAGUACCUACUUUUUUUUUAGUAUACUUGUCUCUGUCGUUAUGGCUGUAUGGGCUUAGAUCCCUUUGCUUUUCCAUAUGGAUAAAUUAAACCAAAAAAAUGCCUCUGUCAUAAAAAAAUAUUCAUUCUAUAUUUGAAAACUUACAUCUACGUCGCAAUCGUUUAAAAACCAAUGUAAUGUCAUUAGGUAAUUGAGCUUAAUUUUAAACGUUUAGUUUUUAUCCAUGAUAGUGGUAGCAGUAAAUUGAGUCAUUUGUGUAGAUAUUUGUUCCCAUCGCCUGGCACUACGUGUUAAGAUUGAAUACGAUAUUUGUUAUAAUAUAUUUAUAUUUGUAUA